AUGGAGAAUCGGGAUGGCUUGUUGGCUCAGGUUUCAUCCGGAGAUUUGGAGAUGGUUGAGCCGUCUUCGUCAAUGCAUGCCAAUGUAAAGGAGCAGUUGGGUAAACCACAAUCUGGGGAUGGAAUACCCUCUUCAACAGGGGUGUUUCGUUUGAAGAAAGUAAAUGGAUGUCUUGAGAGAUCCGAGGAUCGCCCAAUUCUGAUUAUUCAACCUGAACAAGUUUCGGAGGAUGUUGAUUAUUGGUGUAAUCAUGCCCUUAUUUGCAAAUUUUUGGGCCUUCGUCUUUCUCUGCCUGUGUUGGAAUCUUGGGCCCGUCGGGUUUGGAACCCUGAAGGGGAUAUGGAGAUUAUUUUGGCUGCUAAUAAUUACUUUCUGGUUAUCUUUUCAAAUCUUAUGGAUAGGAAUAGGGCUUUUGAAGGGGGCCCAUAUUUCUUUAACCAAGUUGGGCUCUUCAUCAAGCCUUGGCACAUGGGAUUCAACUCUGCCGAAGAGAUCCCCUCCCGGGUUCCUGUGUGGAUUCGGCUGCCGAGGCUUCCUCUGGAGUUUUGGAGGGAAGAUAUUCUUCACUCAAUAUCUCUGCUUCUUGGCAAACCUGUGGGAUCGGCUUCACAAACCCAAGAUCGUAAGAUAAUUUCUUUUGCUCGCAUUUGUGUAGAAGUAGAUUUAAAUAAUCCAUUACCAGAUUCUAUGGAAAUUCGCAUGGGAUCUUCUUCUUGGAUCCAACAGCUGGAUUAUGAGACCCUACCCUUUAGAUGUAGAAUUUGUCAUGAAUACGGUCAUUUGCACCGCAAAUGUCCCAGAUUUAAAUCCUCUCCCCGGGCUGCCCCUGAACCUCCUAGGGGGGACAAGGGAAAGGCCCCGAUGUCUAAUGAACCUAUGGAUAAUGAGGGUUUUAUUCUGGUGAAGCCCCGUAAUAAAGGCAAAGGAAAAAAGAGAUCCUGGCUGGAUAGACAGAAUGAAGAUACUUUUAACAAGUUUGAAGUUCUUGAUAAUUUGACACAAGAGGAAGGAAUUCCAGUUGAGAUCUCUUCUGGAGAUAAGGGUCCGCAUGAAGUUCAGGAUGAGAAUGAAAAGAAAGAGGAUCAAAUUUUAUCUUCAGAGGUCCAUCAAGUGGAUCAGUUGGCUGUGGCUUUGUCUUCUCAAGCUCAAGAUUUCAGGGUUCUCCAGGGGUCUCAGACUCUGUUGGGCUCUGUUGUGGUGGUUCCUGAUCCCCCUGCUCCUAAGGGGGCUUCAGAAUCUGUAAAGGGUAACAAAGCUCCUUCUAUUUUAGGCUUACAGCAGAAAUCCUUUAAGAAGGGGCCUCUUGAUAAACCGUCAAAGAGUGGAAGGAAGACUGAUCAAGAGAAGGUUAAGAUCAUGGGUGAUACUUUGGAAACCAAGCUUUCAGUUGACGGUUUGGUGAGCUGUGCUCCGCGUAUCUGGCCCCAAGGUAAGUCCAGUCUAUGGGCUCACAUUCAAUUCAUUCGGGCCUUGGAUCCGUUCCUCCCAUGGAUUAUGGCUGGUGAUUUUAAUGUUGUUAGCUGCUUGGAUGAAAAACGUGGUGGAUUAGCCAGGUUGGACCCCUCUGCAAAUUUGCUCAGGAAUAUGAUUGGCUCCCUGAAUCUCAUUGAUGUGAAGCCAACCAAUGGUGUAUUUACAUGGAAUAAUAGGAGAUGUGGUGGUGAGGCUAUCUCAGAGAGGCUUGAUAGAUUUCUUGUCUCCUGCUAUUGGUUGAAUAGUAGGUUGAUCACAAGUUCUGAAAUUCUUGACUGGAGGGGCUCUGAUCACUGGCCUAUCAAGCUCUCUGUCACCGUUUAUGGAAUCACCAAAAAUCCCUCUUUCAAAUUUCAGUUGAUGUGGUUAAGAGAUCAAUCUUUGCAUGAUCUUAUGUUGGAUUGGUGGCAGGAGGGGAGGCCUACCCAUGGGACGGCCAUGUUUAUUUUCACUAAGAGGCUUCAACAUGGAUUAGAAGAGUGGGAGCUUCGGGAGGAGAUCUUCUGGAAGCAGAAAUCUCGCAUUGAUUGGCUUCAGGAGGGAGAUAGGAACACCGCUUUCUUCCAUAAUUCGGUUAAGGCUCGGAGGCAGGGGAACUCUAUCUCCUCUCUAGUUUCUCAAGAUGGGGCUCAACUUUCCUCCAGCGCUGAUAUUUCCAGGGAAGCUGUCAAUUAUUUUUCUAACCUUUUUUCUAGGGAGGAUAUUGCUGCUAGGGCUGAGGAGGGGGCCAUUUUGGAUUGUAUUCCCCAAUUGGUCUCUGCUAAGAUGAAUGGGGUUCUCUUAUGUCCUAUCUUGUUACCUGAAUUGGAGAAAGUGGUGUUUAAUAUGAAAAAAGGCAAGGCUCCUGGUCCGGAUGGGUUUCCGAUUGAGUUCUUCCAAGAGUUUUGGGAAAUUAUAAAGUUUGACCUCCUUGAGGUGAUUCAGGAAUCUCAUAGGAACAAGCAGAUGCUCAAGUCCAUGAAUUCUACCUUCCUGGCUCUUAUACCCAAGAUGGAAGGAGCUAAUUGA